AUUAGUUAAUUAAUUUUGUUUUUGAUUGUUUAAUAAAAAAAAUAUAUAGAUAUAUAAAUACAGUAACCAUGAAUGAGGAAACCUUAAUUAAUAAGCCAUCGAAAUAUUCACGCGUCAACUUGUUUAGCAAACUUCAUUGCACAUGGCUAUACCCGAUGUUCAUACGUGGCCUCAAACGUGAUGUCCAAAUGCAUGAUCUGUACAGAUGUCCUCAGGAGGACGUGUGCGAAAAGUUGGUCAUCAAAAUGGAAAAAAAUUGGCGAAAAGAGUUGACAAAAAAGUCGCCCAGUUUUGCCAGAGCUAGCAUUAAAACAUUUAUUGCAUACUUAAUAAUACCGUUUAUAUUGUCAUUAAUUGGGGAGUGUAUAAUGAUUAACUUAAACAUAAUAUUUUUGGGUCAAAUACUACAGUUUUUUGCCAAUCCCGACAAAUAUGAUUACUUGCAUACCUGUCUGUAUGCAGCGGCUAUGGUCGGUGCCGAACUAGUAUGCAUAUCGUGUAUACAUCCGGCAAUGUUUAUGGGCGCACGGGUGGCCAUACAAUUACGUGUUUGUUGGUUGACCCUAAUGUACAAAAAGGCUUUACGUUUGAAGCACUCGGCGUUUUCCAAGACAACAAUCGGACAGAUAUUGAAUCUCAUGUCCAACGAUGUCAGCCGUUUGGAUGAGUACUGUCAACUAGUCUCAUACAUUAUUAUCGGUCCAAUUAAUACAAUAAUAAGUGUCUACAUAUGCUGGCAAUAUAUCGGUUGGGUGUCAUUCAUAGGACUGGCUAUACUCAUGUGUUUUAUACCAUUCAAUAGUCUAAUGGGCCGAUUGUUUCUCAAGAUUAGGACAAAAGUGGCCGGACUUUCCGAUACGCGCAUCCGAUUGAUGAAUGAAAUAAUUAAAGGCAUGAAAGUUAUUAAAAUAUAUGCCUGGGAACGACACUUUGAUAAACUGAUAUCCGAUGCCCGCAAGAAAGAGAUGAAACAAAUACAAAAGUCAAUACUAUUGAAGGCACUGAACGGCGCCAUAUCGAUGAUCAGUCCCCGGGUUAUCAUAUUUGUUGUAUUGAUUACACACCUUGUAUUGGGUGGUAAGUUGACCGCCGAAACCGUAUUCGUAACGAUGUCUAUAUUCAAUGAACUGAGGUUUACGAUGACUUUUGCCUUUCCCCAAUCGGUCGCAUUGACCGCCGAACUCUAUGUUUCGUGUAAACGCAUUCAGAAAUACUUAUUAUUGGAAGAAAUCGACCAAAAAUCCAUUGAAAAUAAUGAUAACAGUGUCCAAAAUGGCAGCAAAGGUGCAGGAGAUGGUGGUGAAAAGGUUCCGCUUUUAACCGAUGAUAAACAUCACCGGGAUGUAAACAAUGAUGACAAUGGCAAUACAAUUGUCGUCGAAAAUAUGAGCGCCACUUGGGAUACAGAGCUUAAAAGCCCGACUAUUAGAGAUAUAACUGUUUCGUUAGCACCGGGAGAGUUAUUAGCUGUUAUUGGACCGGUUGGUAGUGGAAAGAGUUCAUUUCUAAUGUCACUAUUAAAUGAGAUUCAAGUAACCAGUGGUCGGGUAUCCGUAAAGGGAUCGGUAGCCUAUGCUUCACAGGAUAGUUGGUCUUUUAAUUCGACAAUUUUGCAAAACAUAACGUUUGGAAAGCCGUAUGAAAUAAAGCGAUUCAAAGAAGUCAUAUCAGUCUGUGCUAUGAAUCGCGACUUAAAGAUGUUUCCGUUCGGCGAGCGAUCUCUGGUCGGCGAAAGAGGUGUUACACUCAGUGGCGGACAAAAAGCUCGGAUAACAUUAGCCCGUGCUCUGUAUAAUAACGCCGAUAUCUAUCUAUUGGACGAUCCGUUAAGUGCUGUCGACACUGAAGUUGCAAAUCAUAUCUUUGAAAAAUGUAUUACUGAAUAUUUGAAAUCAAAAUCAGUGAUUCUCGUCACACAUCAGAUACAGUUCAUCAAAAAGGCUACAAAAAUACUGGUCCUACGCGAGGGUCGGCCACUGGCCGUUGGUUCGUACGAUGAGCUCAUGAAGUCCGGCAUUGACUUUAUGUCGCUAAUCAAAGAGGACAACAAACACGAAAACACUAGCAGUGGUGACAAUAUUAGUAAAGAUCAAAAUCAGUUGACAGACGAACAGCAGAAGAGUGUCAUCGCUGAUCCGUUCAGAAAUCGGUCCAUAAGUGUGUUGUCGUCACAAUCGACUCAGGAGACUGAUUUGUGCGAAACUGAUGAAAAGAUUGCAGAAGAAAACAAAGCUCAGGGAACUAUCAAAGCCGGCGUCUACUGGGAGUACAUCCGAUCGGGUGCCGGACCCGUACUACUGACUGUUGGCCUUUUAUCGACUAUAGUGUCUCAAGUGUUGCAACACUACAGCGACUAUUGGCUGUCCGAGUGGUCAAACAAAGAGGACGCCAGUAUUGCGUCAAACAGUGACGACAAUAAAGUGGAUGAAAAAGAAAACAUUAAGAUCUAUACAAUACUUUUGGUAACAAUUUUUGUAUCAUUAAUACUACGGUCGACCACUUGGUUUGUAAUGUGUAUCAAAGCGUCAAUCAAUUUACACAACAGAAUAUUCUAUCGACUAAUGAGAACCAGAAUCUCGUUUUUCGACAACAAUCCCGUCGGCCGAAUUCUGAAUCGUUUUACCAAAGAUGUCGGAACAGUUGAUGAACAGUUGCCUAACGUUUCAUACGAUCUAAAUAUUAUAUUUAUGCAAAUUAUUGGUUCAAUAGUUACGACAAUCAUUGCAAUUGUAAACUAUUAUCUAAUUAUUCCGGCAAUUGGUUUAUUGGUUAUUACAUUUACCAUACGUUGGAUUUAUUUGAAAAUCGGUCGCGAUUUUAAACGUUUUGAAGGAAUCGCCCGGAGCCCAUUGUACAAUCAUAUGACUACAACACUGAGCGGACUGACAACUAUUCGUGCCUUUCGUGCUGAGCAAAUGUUUCGGGAACAGUACUAUCGAUACCAGAAUGACCACACGUCAGCUUAUUUUAUGUGUAUAUCCGCGUCCCGAUGUUUAGGUGUAACAAUGGAUUGGUUUUGUGCCGCUUAUCUGGCGUGUGUUGAACUAUUUUUGAUGGCAUUUUACAAGGAUCUUCCCAGUGGUAGUGCAGGUCUGGCCAUAUCAAUGUCAUUGGGUUUAAUGGGAAUGACUCAGUGGGGUGUCAGACAAUCGGCCGAAAUGGAGAAUCAGAUGACAUCAGUCGAGAGAAUUGUUGAAUACUCUAAACUAGAAUCCGAAGGACAGAUCGAGAGUGAGAUACCACCGCCUGAUGAGUGGCCAGAAAAUGGAUCCAUUGAACUCAGACACGUAUACUUGUCUUAUGAUAAUUCACCGAAACCUACACUACAUGAUCUCAAUUGUGUGAUCAAUGGUGCCGAAAAAGUCGGUAUAGUUGGCAGAACCGGUGCCGGCAAGUCAUCUAUAUUAUCGGCACUGUUCCGUAUGCAAGAAAUUGAAGGCAAUAUUAUUAUUGAUGGCAUCGAUCACAAGACUAUAGGUCUACACGAUUUGCGUAGACAUAUGUCAAUCAUACCUCAGGAUCCCAUUGCUUUCAUCGGCAGUUUGCGAAAGAAUUUGGAUCCAUUUGAUGAACAUUCUGAAGAUAGACUGUGGGAAGUACUCGAAGAAGUUCAGCUCAAGGAGGCUGUUAUGGAAAUGUCUGGUCAGUUGGAGUAUCAACUGUCCGAAGGCGGCGGUAAUCUGAGUGUAGGUCAGCGCCAACUCAUAUGUCUGGCCAGAGCUAUACUUCGCCGAAAUCGGAUUCUUGUGUUAGACGAGGCAACAGCUAAUGUCGACCACAAAACUGAUGCAUUGAUUCAGCGGACAAUUCGUGAAAACUUUGCCGACUGUACUGUACUAACAAUUGCUCACCGAUUGAAUACAAUCAUAGACUCGGAUCGGGUACUGGUUCUCGAUUCCGGACGUAUUAUGGAGUUUGGCGUUCCCUACGAAUUAUUACAGAAUAAUUCGGGAAUGCUUUACAAACUCGUUAARCAAACCGGUGUCCAAAUGUCCGAUCAAUUGAUACGAUUGGCUAAACAAUCGUACGAUCCACAACAUGUCGACGAUAUGACCACAACAACGACAAUAGUUGAAGUACAAGACCUGUUGGACGAGCUGUGCGCUGAAAAUCGACGACUAGUYGAUCAGCUAGAGUUUGGCAAYAAAUGUUGGCAACUGUUGGCCAGAUUUCGGCAAACAUUGAGCCAAAUGUGCGACAAAUGUCAGUGCGGUGGCGGUGGCGAUACCGGCGUCGAUGCGGAAAAGUUGGCAUUCARUMGACUGGACAAUCAAUUUGUUKGUCUCAGUCAAGAGUUUGAUGACGAAAAACAUUAUCGAUUCGAGACAUCGAUGGCUACAAUGAAGAAUCAGAAGACAAAGAAGACAUCGUCAAAAUUGACGGUAAAAUUUGUAGAUAAAACUAACGAAAAGUUUACAACAGGUCGUCGUCGUAGUCGUCAAGUGAAUAGGUUUUCAUUUGAUAGUCAAUUAGUAAGAAAUUGGACGAAAAAAAGUAGUGAUAAUAAUAAUUGUGACAUAAAUGAAGAUAAUAUCACCACUUCUAUGGACAUCAACAACAAUAAUAACCACAAUGUUAUCAUCAAUGAUAGUAUCAAUGAAAGUGAUUUACAAAUAAGUAUUAAUGGCACCGUUAGAUCAUCGGACACGGCUACUGYUCAGACGACAAUGGAUGCUAUGCUCGACAAACUGAUCGACUGUAUUGGAUGUGAUCUGAAAUUUCCGCUAAAGAAGCGUCUGAUGCAACACAUUCGCAAYUCGCACCACGAUAUCUACGAUACCCGACGAUCGGUAUUCAARUGUACUGUCCAGGACUGUCUGUACGAAAGUGACCGCUAUCGGGGACUGGCCGAACAUAAUAUGAAACACCGGGGAUGCAAACCGUUCAAAUGUGUUUGGCCGGGAUGUGAGUCCAGUUUCUACCGAAACACUCAUCUGAUUGUCCAUAAGGCCAGUCACGAAGGUCUCAAGCCGUACGYCUGCGACUGGCCGUCGUGUGGACAGACAUUUCGUUCGAAUUCCAAUCUGAAACACCAUCACCUGAUCCAUACCAAUGAACGGCCGUAUAAGUGCGAGUGGUUUCGGUCGGCGUCGUCGCGUAUCCGACACAAAGUGGUUCACCGAUCGACGGCCGACUACCGGUGCCAGUGGUCCGGCUGUGGCAAGAGUUUCAAGUUUAAAGGUUCGCUGAAACGRCACACCUAUUUGCAUGAGAUGGACGACAGUGGCGGUUAUCCACUACCGCUACGGUCGUCACUUAGCUUGAAAAAAAUACGUGAAAUCCGUUUCGAUGUACUCGUGAUUAUUCUUAUAAGACGUAAAUUUUUCGCCAAUCUAUUGAUUGAUUCAAUCGAUUGGUCAGCCGUACUGUCCGACCGAAAUGGUCACUAA